AUGCAACAUCCAGCUGAUGAGUGAUGAGCACUGUUGAAUGUUGAUGAUGAGAGAUGAGUUGAAUAGUGAAUCAAAGGAGGAAACAAAAAUGAAUAGGUUGAUUUUAUGAAGUCUUGACUUCACAAUGGUAAGACAUCAUACCAAUACCACUGUUCAUAGAAAAUUUCUAAAGGUGUAUGGUGUUUGGCUGUUUGUGCUAGGAGUAUUGACUAUUUUCUACUUCUAUCGAAAUAUACAAGGGACUAGUAGUUUACCGACAGAGGAAAAUGAUUAUUACAAAGAGUCCAAACAGACAGAUACAUUUGUAUUUGAAGGUGAAAAAAUUGUUCAUCUAGAUUUGAAAGGAGCCCCACCAAAACUGAUCUUCUAUAGUGAGUUAUUUCCCCUACUUGCAGAACUUGGCGCUACUGGUAUUCUUAUCGAAUAUGAAGAUAUGUUUCCGUACUCUGGUGAAUUAGUAAAUAUAUCAGCACACAAUGCAUAUACCUUAGAUGAUAUCAAUACUAUUAACAAUCUUGCUAACAAACAUAAUCUCAAAGUAAUUCCAUUAAUACAAACAUUUGGACACAUGGAAUAUGUUUUGAAACUAGCAGAGUUCAAAGAACUUCGAGAAAUAACAGCAUACCCACAAGUCAUAUGUCCAACCCACCAAAGAACUUUCACACUUAUAAUGACUAUGUUAGAUCAACUCAUAAGGGCACAUCCUAACAUUGAAAUGAUCCAUAUUGGAUCUGAUGAGGUUUAUUAUUUAGGAGUUUGUAGUCGUUGUUCUGAGUUUAUGUUGAAGAACAAUUUGUCAAAAAAUUUACUAUUCACAGAACAUGUGAAUAGUGUUGUUGGUAUUAUAAACAAAAACUUUCCCAAGCUCAGAGUGCUAUUAUGGGAUGAUCAGUUCAGAUCAUUUUCGAGCAAGGAUUUUGAAAUGGCAAAUUUGAAUAAGAAUAUAGAACCAACAGUGUGGAAAUACUCUAGAGAUGUUUAUGAUGAACUUGGACCUAGCCUUUGGAAUGGCUACCAGAAUAUAUUUCCCAAAAUAUGGAUUGCCAGUGCUUUUAAAGGAGCAACAGCCAGCAAUGAUUUUGUAUCUCACAUCACACACUAUCUCCAGAAUCAUCAAAGCUGGUUGUCAGUUGUUCAGGAAUAUAGGAAUAGGAUUAAUUUUCAAGGAAUAAUUAUCACUGGGUGGCAAAGAUUUGAUCAUUUUGCCAUUUUGUGUGAAUUGUUACCAGUAGGUAUCCCAACUUUGGCCAUGUGUCUAAGAAUACUUCUAGGUUUCAAUGAUUCACCACUAAGUCCGCCUAUUGAAGUAGCAAAACUUCUGAAAUGUGAGCAGCCCUACGCUCUUAUCGGCCCUGUGUUUGGCAGCCCAAGGUGUGCAUUUCCUGGAGGCGACGUCCUUGAGAAUGUCCUCCACCUACAGCAACUCAAACAAGAAUACGAGUCUAUCGUGGACGAUUCCCGUGUCAGAGGUUGGAUGGACGAUUACAAUAUAGCGCGAGCAUUUUCCAGUCCCAGCUAUGUUGAGGCCGCUACGGAGUCUGUGGAUAGAUUGAAAUUUGAACUGGACCAACUUGAUACGGACAUAACUGAAGCUUUGCUGAAGAUAUAUGAUGAAUAUACUGUCGAAGAAUGGAAAGAAACUUAUUUGAAUCCGCUUAGGCAGAAGGUUAACAAGUUAUGCAGGGCCAGAAAAAUUUUGCUGGAGAAAGAUGUGUGGCCAAGGAGGCCAUUGAAAAAUGAUGAGUUGUAGGUUCAGUCUCUAGGUUCCAACUUUAAAUUCGGCUAGGAUUCUAGGCCAGCGUGCUUAGAAACUAGUUUGAUGAGUAUCCAAAUUUUAUAUAUGAUGACCUAUAAUGAUAGUAUAAAACAAUGAGAGCGCCGCUGGCGAAAGUUUUGUUGUUUUAUGUCGAAUGCCAAUAAAUUGAAAGUUAGUUUU